AUGACACCACAUAUGGACAUGAAAUUUAAGGACUGCAGUAGAAGACACAUCAAAGAAAGUGCGGUUACAACUGGGAAGGUAACUUUCUUCAUCCACGUAGAUGAAGUGAAGAGUCCUGGUAAUAAACUUCAUGGAGGACGGUGUUGUCAGGGAGUGGUCGGUACCCAGUGUACCAAGUUGUGUAAACCUGUACUCACCGUAUGUCUUAAAGACAGAAGUCAUUCAUGUGUGUCUAGUUUUACCACAACUUUAGACAUGAGACGGGAAGAUGUCUUCUAUGGCUCCAAAGUUGGAAAUACAACAAAUCCACAAUUUUUAGAAGUUGAUUCAUGGUACAAAUACCAGGAAAAAAUAUCACUGAGAGUGGUAGAUUUACAACACUCCUCUUCACCACUCAUCUACCAGACAGAGUUCUCGGACUACAAUCUACAAAUAGGAAAGAACAUACUGUCACAACACUGGAGACAAAAGAAAUUGGUGGCAAAUUAUUUCAAGGAUCAAAAUAAUUUUUUUAUCCAGAUAACGUACAAGGCGUACUGUUCUGAGGGUUACUAUGGAUCAGACUGUACAGCUCAUUGUCCUGGUAAUCCACAGAAGUGUGUCGUCAACGGUCAUACCUACUGUAAAAUGGGGUGGCAUGGAAAUAACUGCAAUCAGGACAUUAAUGAGUGUGCUACUCGACAGUUUUGUGGACACGGUACCUGUACAAACACAGCUGGUAGUUUCCACUGUAAAUGUCCUUCCUCUGUUUACGGUCUGAAAUGUCAGCUUGAUGAGGAUGAAUGUCUUCUGGAGCCUUGUAAUGGAGGAGAGUGUGUCAACAAGAUCGGGAAUUACACAUGUCAGUGUAGAAACGGAACAACUGGUAGAAACUGUGAAUCUCUUACAGCAAGAAAAUGCUCUAGAGAGACAUGCAAUCAUCAUGGAAAUUGCAAUGCUCAUAAUGGAAAAGCCGUGUGUACUUGUAAUACAGGAUACUCUGGUACAGAUUGUUCUGUGAGAGACUUCUGUAAAAACAAUCUUUGUCAAAAUAAUUCAACUUGUGUUACUGGGGAAACUAAUUAUACCUGCUUCUGUCCUAAAGGUUUUAAAGGUCAGUAUUGUGAAUCUAGGGACUAUUGUGCCAACAACCCAUGUCUUAACUCUGGAAUCUGUUCGAAUACCCCAACAGGUUUUCAGUGUAAAUGUGUUGAUUUUUUUAUUGGAAGAACUUGUAGUGAAUAUGACUACUGUGGAGGCAAUUGUACUGGAAAUGGUGUCUGCCAGGUGGUUGGGAAGGGACACACCUGCUCGUGUAACCCGGGAUUCAACGGAACUGAUUGUGAAAUCCGGGAUUACUGCUACAAAGUAAAUUGCUCCAAUCAUGGAAUUUGUAAAAACCAACAAAACUCGUACAGAUGUUCUUGUAAUGGUCAAUUCAUUGGAAAAAACUGUGAGACUCGGAAUUACUGUUUUCAAAAAGACUGUUCUCGUCAUGGAUCUUGUCAAAACAGCCAACAAUCUUACACCUGUAGCUGUUCUGCAGGAUAUACUGGAAAAGACUGUGAACAUACUUUUUGUUUUAAUAAACGCUGCUCUAACCACGGUACAUGCACAAACGGACAACACUCAUACACAUGUAAAUGUAAUCACGGAUAUCUUGGGACUGACUGCGAGCACAGUUUCUGUACCAACAAAACAUGUUCUAAUCAUGGAACAUGUCAAAUUGGGCAUAACUCUUACAAUUGUCGAUGUCAACAAGGAUAUACAGGAAAAGAUUGUGAACAUACAUAUUGCUAUCAACAUCAAUGUAAGAAUGGUGCUACAUGCGUGAAUAGGAAUUCUAGUUACACUUGCAACUGUGCCCCUGGUUUCAAAGGAUUACACUGCGAAAACCGUGAUUACUGUUAUAGACAAAGCUGUAGUGGACAUGGAACUUGUAAAAACGGUAACCAUAAAUAUACUUGUACGUGUGACUCUGGUUAUCUCGGACAUGAUUGUCAGCACGAUUAUUGUUUUAAUAACACUUGCAAAAACGGUGCAACUUGUCAAAGUCACGCGUCCAACUACACAUGUUCUUGUACUCCACAAAACGUUGGAAUUCUUUGCGAAAAACGUAAUUAUUGCCAUGGACAGAACUGCAGCGGACAUGGAACAUGCAGUAAUGGUCAAAAUGGUUACUCCUGCCAGUGUUCUUCUAAGUACCGAGGAAAUAACUGUGAGCUUUUGAAUUAUUGUCACAAUAAUCCUUGUGUCCAUGGAAAUUGUUCCAGUGAGAAGAGCAGCUUUAAAUGUUCUUGUAUUAAAGGAUAUACAGGAACACGCUGUGAAACAGUUGAUAACUGCUACAACAAGCACUGUUCUAACCGUGGUACCUGUCAUAAUAAUCCAAUUACAUACAAUUGUAGCUGUAACGGUCAUUUUUACGGUAAAGACUGUGAGAAAGAGAACUAUUGUUAUAACAAGGAUUGUUCACACCAUGGUACUUGUCAUAACGGACGGGAUUCAUACAUGUGUCAUUGUGACGGUGGAUAUACUGGAAAAAACUGCGAGACUCGGAAUUACUGUUACCAACAAGACUGUUCCAAUCGUGGGUCUUGUCAGAAUAGCCAACACUCAUACUCCUGUAGAUGUUCUACAGGAUAUACUGGAAAAGACUGUGAACAUACUUUUUGUUUUAAUAAACGCUGCUCUAACCACGGUACAUGCACAAACGGACAACACUCAUACACAUGUAAAUGUAAUCACGGAUAUCUUGGGACUGACUGCGAGCACAGUUACUGUACCAACAUAACUUGUUCUAAUCAUGGAACAUGUCAAAUUGGACGUCACACUUACCUGUGUCAAUGUCAUGCAGGAUACGUAGGCAAAGACUGCGAACAUAAGUAUUGCUAUCAUCAUCAGUGUCAGAAUGGUGCUACGUGUGUGAAUGGAAAUUCUGGUUACACUUGCAAUUGUGCCCCAGGUUUUAAGGAUACACACUGUCAAACACGUGAUUUUUGUUACAGGAAAAUCUGUAGCUCACACGGAACCUGUCAUAAUGGUCAAAGUAAUUACACUUGUACAUGUAACACUGGAUAUUUAGGAAAAGAUUGUGAACAUGACUACUGCUUUAAUAAUACUUGUAAAAAUGGGGCGACCUGUCAUAGUGGUACAUCUACCUAUACGUGUUCUUGUCCCUCUGAAUACAUAGGGCAACAUUGUGAAAUUCGAAAUUAUUGCUAUAGACAAAAUUGUAGUGAACAUGGAAAAUGUCACAAUAAACAAAGUAAUUACACUUGUCAAUGCUCUCCUCAGUACCGAGGGAGUAACUGUGAACUGAAUAAUUAUUGUCAUAGUAGCCCAUGUGAACAUGGGCUUUGUGCUAAUACAGACUCUGGAUAUAAGUGCUCUUGUCAUGGGGGAUAUUUAGGUACAAACUGUAAUACCACAGAUUAUUGUUAUACCAAGAAUUGUUCUAAUCAUGGAACAUGUCAGAACAGAUUGAAUUCAUACUCGUGUAAAUGUAAUCUUGGAUACAUAGGUAAAGACUGUGAACAAACUUAUUGUUCUAUGAAUAAUUGUAAAAAUGGUGCCACUUGUGUGAACGGAAACUUUUCUUAUACGUGUAAAUGUAUUGCUGGUUACCAAGGAUCGCACUGCGAAACACGAGAUUACUGCUACAGAAAAAGUUGUAGUGGGCAUGGAACUUGCCAUAACAGUAAUCAUAAGUACACUUGUAAUUGCGAUCCUGGCUAUUUAGGAAGUGACUGUCAACAUGACUAUUGUUUCAAUCAUUCUUGUCUAAAUGGUGCUACCUGUCAAAGCCAAACAUCUAAUUUCACUUGUUCUUGUUCUGAGGAGUACAUGGGGUCUCUUUGUGAAAUUCGGAACUAUUGCCAUGCACAGAAAUGUAGCAAUCAUGGAAGCUGCUCAAAUAAAAAUGGAAGCUAUUUAUGUACAUGCAAUCCUGGAUAUAUUGGAAGAAACUGUGAAAUAAUAAAUCACUGUCAUGAAAAACAUUGUUCAAACCAUGGAACAUGUAAAAACAAGAAUACUACUUAUAUUUGUAAAUGUAACAAUGGUUUCACCGGUGUCAAUUGUGAACAUACUUUCUGUCACCAACAUCAAUGCCAAAAUGGUGCUACUUGUGUGAAUGGUAAUUCUGAUUACACAUGUAAAUGUGUAAACGGUUACAAUGGUACGCAUUGUGAAACACGUGAUUACUGUUACAAACAGAACUGCAGUGAACGCGGAGAUUGCUUUAACAAUGAUAACAAUUACACUUGCAAUUGUCAUUCUGGUUACAUGGGACUAAAUUGUGAAAUAACUGACUACUGCUCUGGUAAACCAUGUCACAACCAAGGUGUAUGUAUAAAUAAUGCAAAAGAUUACACAUGUAAUUGUACUCCCCAAUAUUUAGGCAGAGACUGUGAAAAUCAGAAUUAUUGUUAUGGAGUUACAUGUAAUAAGCGUGGAUCUUGUAUUAACGAAAAAAGUAAUUAUAAGUGCUCGUGUAAAGCCGGAUAUAUUGGCACCAAUUGUGAACAUGACUAUUGCUUUAACCAUACUUGUAAGAACAGCGCUACGUGUGUAAGUAAAUUGUCAGGCUAUUCUUGUCAGUGUCCUCCUGGUUAUAAUGGGUCACAUUGUGAAAUCCAAGAUUUCUGUUAUGGACACAAUUGCGUCAAUGGUGGUACCUGUAAAAAUGAUUUAUCAAAUUAUACAUGUCUUUGUCCGGCUUCGUUUUCUGGAUCCCACUGUGAACAGAUCAACUUCUGUCACGAUAGGAGCUGUAAUAACCGAGGUAAAUGUCUUAACGAAAAUAAUAAUUACACAUGCCAAUGCCUUGAUGGAUUCCGCGGAGCAAAUUGUGAACAUGUAGAUUUCUGUUACUUGCAUAAUGUCUGUUUAAAUAAUGGAACGUGCUUGAAUAACAUCCAGAAUUAUUCAUGUGUAUGUCAAGAUGGAUUUAAAGGUUCUAAUUGCGAAGUUGUUGAUCAUUGUUUGCAUAACAACUGUUUGAAUGGAGGAACAUGCAUUAAUGAAGUCAAUAGGUACACAUGUUCUUGUUCUUCAGCUUUUACCGGUUUCUUCUGUGAGAAAGGAAAUUUCUGUGCUAAACAAAACUGUAAUGAUAAUGGAGCUUGUCAUAACGAAGAUGAUACUUACAAAUGCAUCUGUAAUGUAGGAUUUAUGGGACGGAAUUGCGAGAAAAAGAACUUUUGUCACCAACACUUGUGCAAUAACCGUGGAAAUUGUAGCAACAUCAGUGAUGGAUAUGAAUGUCAUUGUGAACGUGGAUUCAAUGGAACUGAUUGUGAAGAAAUAGAUUACUGUUUCAAUAAACCUUGUAAAAAUGGAGGAGUUUGUCAGCAGCAGGCAGAUGACUACGUUUGCCAUUGUGCACCAGGUUUCCAAGGAACAAACUGCACGGACAGAAAUCCAUGUAUAAAUCAUACGUGCAACGGUCAUGGCAUUUGUUCUACAAAUAACGGCGCUUACAUUUGUAAAUGCUAUGGUGGAUAUUCCGGAAAAGAUUGUCAAGAUCAGGACUUUUGCUACCAGAUUGACUGCAAUGGAAAUGGAACCUGUCAUAAUGCAUCGAAUGAUUUUGAGUGUAAAUGUAAUCCAGGAUUCAAGGGGAUUAAAUGUGAAGUCAUAGACUACUGUCAUAAUUAUGAUUGUAACAAUGGGACAUGCCAUAGUGGAAGUCAACAAGCACAAUGUAUGUGUCAUAAUGGGUAUUCCGGUAAACACUGCAAUAUUUUCGACCAUUGCAGUAAAAAUCCUUGCCUUAAUGAAGGCACAUGUCAUAAUGGAACUUCUAAUUACUACUGUGUUUGUAAAAAUGGUUUUAUUGGUGGGAACUGUGAAUCUGUGAAUCCUUGUCAUGCACAAAAUUGUAAUAAUCGUGGGACCUGCAAAAUUAUCCAAGGUAAUAAUUUUGUCUGUGAAUGUCAUGGGAAUUUUACAGGGAAAUAUUGUCAAACGUCUCCAACAACGGUGCCACCUACCCCAUCGUCAGCUAAAGUAAUCAGCAGUAAAAGUUCUACACACAGUUACACAACUGUUCAUAUUUCAAGUACGGUAAAGAACAUAUCAGAUUCAUCAACAAGCAGGCAUAGUUUUAUCUCGUCUUCAAAAUCAACAUCAAUGUCACCUCAGCCUGCUAUCACGUCGGCACACACCUUAUCAACCUCCGAGAUGGUCACUAGCGGGACUUCCACUUUAGCCCCAGAAUCUGCCUCUUCUUCCUCUCCAGUAUCUUCCACUGAGAACAUGAAAACAAAUUUUACAACAUCCACUACAUCUGCGAACUCUCCUUCUAUUUUCACGACGGUGCAUAAAAUGUCAACGUCUGGAAAAAUUGCUACAAGCAUGUCCAGUCCAACACCCGUCUCCUCCACUGAAAGUAAGAAAACGAUUCAAACAACACCCUCAGCCAAACAUUACAACGUGACAAGUUCACAAUUUUCAUCUGAGAAAACACCUCCUAGUACAUCAACUUCUCUGAAAACAACAACGCAAACAACUCCCAUGGAAACAACAGCUACUCCUGAACCCACAGAAGUGAUUUUCGAAGGAAAUGUGAAAUUUGCCAUGGAAUGGCACCCAGCCCUACAAAACAAAUCAAGCGCUGAAUACAAGAAUAUUUCAAAUCAUUUCUUAACGUUGAUGACUGCAGUGUAUGAAAAUGGAGAAUUAGAAAGUGUUUACAUUAGCACAGAAAUCAUCAGUAUCACUCGAGGUAGUAUUGACAUUCGAUACAAUCAGACAUUCAAGGAUCCAGAAGUGGAUUUAAUUAAUGGAACUGUUAUAGAAGUAACCAUCAGCACUGUUAUAGACGUGUUCGAAAAAGGGAUCGAGAAGCUAGAACAACAUCCAUCUUAUGACAUCCAGGCUCUAGCACAAACAUUUAAUAUUACACAUGCCAAGAUAGUACUCCGAGAACUGCCGCGGCCCACGCGACCACCCACCUCUCCAUCAAGGUCAUCAUCUAUUUCUAAGUCAACAGCUAAAUCGACAAAAUCUAUAGAAGUAACAGAAACACCCGAAAACAGCAAGAGCUGGGUACAAUCUAACAUGGGCGUUGUGAUUGGAGCCUCUGUGGGUGCGUUUGUCCUGGUGAUUGUUGUUGGCUUUAUCAUAUACAGAGUCAGGAACCGAAGUUCUGACAAGGACGCCAUACUCUGGGACGAUAGUAUCGGACACACGUUUACUAAACUCGAUCGAUCUGAGGAAUAUGCUCUCUCUGCUACCAACCCUACCUAUAAUAGUUAUAGUGGUGGAAAGCUUGAAAUAGACUGCUCUUAACAUCAGUAGUGUGUAGCAACCAUCUAUCCCUAUAAUAUUUUCAUCAUAUGCACUUUCAGUGGAUAAAUGUUUUUAUAUGAUAUAUUUGGAUGUUAUGAUUGAAUAUGUACAUGUUCAGUGUAUGUUGUUGGGAAUUUAUCAUCUUGUGUUUUUCAAAGACAUACCGUGAUCGUUUUAUUGGUUUAUGGAAUGAUUGCUCUAUUUUUCAUAUUCUUUGAUUUUUUAAUUUUUUUUUUAAAUGGUUCGAAAAUUAUAGCGAAUUUGCCAUUUUUGUAAUUUCAGAUAUAACUUCACUUAAAUGAAAAAAUUAUAGAUGUUGUUAUUUUUUUCA